GAGGCCGCAGAAGAAUAUUGUAAAAAAACAAGAGAAAUAUGUGGAGUGUUAAUGAGAGCAAUGUCUGAGACAUUAGGGUUGGAACCAAAUUGCUUAGAGAAGGCAACGAAUUGGGAUGAAGGAUUUGAUUUGUUGGCUUCAAACUAUUAUCCAACUUGUCCAGACCCUGACCAGGUUAUUGGACUCCCACCUCACACUGACUCAGGCCUCAUGAAUCUUCUGGUCCAAAACGACGUCGGAGGACUUCAGAUCCUUCACAAAUCAGGAAAAUGGGUUCAAUGGAAUGCCAUGCCUAACACCAUUAUUGUUGACCUUGGUGAUCAAAUGCAGAUCCUUACCAAUGACCUGUACAAGAGUGUGACACAUAGAGCAGUGGUGAACAACAAAAGCACAAGAAUAUCAAUAGUGUCAGGACAUGGACCAGCGGUGAACGCCAAGGUUGUACCAAUACCAGAGCUUUUAGAAGCAUUGGGCCAAGCCCCGGCUUAUCCAGGGAUUCCAUACAAUGAAUACUUGGAACUUCAACGAACCUCCCACUCUUUCCUCAAAUCCACUCUCGACAUAAUAAGAUUGGAAUCAUAAUCACAAUCAUAAUUCAACCCACUUCAUCGAUGAUCACUACUUCCAUCGUUAUUACCUUAAUUGGUUCAAUAUAUACAUAUAUUUUUAUGCUUUUCUUGUUGUGAAAAAUAAUCAUGAAUGCAUGGUUGUCUGUUUGAAAUAUAUAGUAAUUUAUUUGAUGUAAUAAGAAUGGACAUGAUUCAUGACCAAGCUAGAGUGAGUUGUAUUAUGUAAUAUUAUAAGUCUUUUGUGUGUUAUAAUAAUGGAAAAUUUGCCGCUAAAAUGUUAAGACAUCUGUUA